CACGGACACGAACGGAGAAUGUACGACAGUCUCACCGCACCGUGGUGCACAGAGCGGCGGGCGCCGUCGAUCGAUGGGUGUAAACGCUUCCGGGCGCGCGGUGUUGACCCGUCUGCCAGGCUAGCCGGAUUGCCGCACCGCGAGCUGGCGUCCACGUCAAAACCGAAGCAAAGCGGCGGCGGCGGCAGAGGGAGGGAGGGAGGGAGGGGGACACCGACACCUGCCGCGUAACAAGGAGAGCGCGAGGUGGGGGAGAUCCGAGCAGGCGCACCGCCCGUAGAAGAUCUGGUUGGUGCCCGGAGAAGAAACAACGAGGUUGCCGGUCUACCAGCAAGAACAGGAGGAAGGGGAGCGAGCAGCCGGAGGAAAUCUAGGGAGGAGGAGGACGAGGGGGGAGAUCUCUCUUCUAGCUCGAUGGAGCGGGGAGAGGGGCAGGGAGGGGACUCCUCCGGGGGGCAAGUCAGGAAGAAGAGGAUGCGAAGGAAAAGCACUGGCCCUGACUCCAUUGCUGAGACAAUCAAGUGGUGGAAGGAACACAACCAGAAGCUCCAGGAGGAGAGUAGCUCCCGGAAGGCACCAGCCAAGGGUUCUAAGAAAGGGUGCAUGGUCGGGAAAGGAGGCCCUGAUAAUGGGAAUUGCGCAUACCGCGGUGUGAGGCAGCGGACAUGGGGCAAGUGGGUGGCCGAGAUCCGUGAGCCCAACCGUGGCAGGAGGCUAUGGCUGGGUUCAUUUCCUACUGCUGUGGAGGCUGCUCAUGUGUACGAUGACGCGGCGAGGGCGAUGUAUGGUCCCACGGCACGUGUCAACUUUUCGGAGAGUUCUGCAGAUGCCAAUUCUGGUUGCACGUCAGCACUUUCUUUGCUCGCGUCUAAUGUACCACCGGUUGCUCAACGGUCUGAUGACAAGGAUGAGGUGGAAUCUGUAGAGACUGAGGUGCAUGGGAUGAAAAUGAAAGCGAAUGAUGACUUGGGAAGUAUCCACGUGGAGCAGAAGACUCUGAAGGUAAUUCAAUCUGAGGAGAGUGUUUUACACAAAGAAGGGAACAUAAGUUAUGAUUACUUUAACGUUGAAGAUGUUCUUGAGAUGAUAAUAAUAGAAUUGAAUGCUGAUAAAAAAAUUGAAUUACAUGAAGAAUAUCAAGAUGGAGAUGAUGGAUUUAGUCUUUUCUCAUAUUAGAGGUGUCACCAUGCUGAGCAGUAGGAACAGCUUCAUUCGUGCUGUUAAGGAAAUGCUUCAGACUUGAAGCUCUGUAGUCAUUUGUGGCUUUCAUCUUACUGAGACAUAGCUUUAUACUAUAAGCCAACCGGUACAAGAAGUUGUCCUGUGUGUUGUGUUCCUGUACUAUAGUUACUAUAGUAGGAAAUGAACCCAUGUUUUAUGUGCUGUCUUGGUAUUUAAUAUUGCACAUUUGCUCGGGCGAACUCAAGCUAGCUCUACAAAAGGAGUGGUGAGAAUACUGAAUAAGACUCCAGGGUUGCUCAAAUGGGCAUAUGAGAAAGUUAUUUCUGUGUAACGGCGUAUUUGACCACAAUAGAAUAAUCUUGGGACCAAUAUCUUACUUUUUGUGCCUCAUACAUGCAUGGAUUUGUCACUACUUAGUUCACACACUGCUAUAUAAUCAUUCAGAGCACAAUGAAUUUAUGAAAACUUUGUAAGGGGAAGCUGCAGGCAUUCUCUGAAUUCAAGCCACCUUGUUUCACUGUGAAAGGUCCUUUGUUUGUUAGGCCAGUAGGUUAGCCAAAUCCAGCCUCGGAUCUCCCGGUCCAUAGUCUUUCCUAAUGUUGCACCACAGAUCUUCCACCAGACACUGUCUCCAUACUCAUCACAUGCAAAAAUGACACCCCCUUGCUUUGUGAAUGGGUGGUACGCAUUUGAAUACCUGUCACGGAACCAGGCUCUUGGCUGAAGCAGUGAAAGCUUGGAAGGCUUUGAAGAAUAAACCUCCCUUCCAUUUAAACCAUCAUGAAGAAACCAGUUCAAGGUUGCAGUGUUGCCAUGCACAGACUGUUCAAAUUUCCAGGGCUUCAUGGCUAGUGUAAGGCUUUCAGUGACUGAUGCUUUAAGACCAAAUGAGUUUGGCGGAUCAAAUGAACCCUCAAAGCCCUUUUCAAGACCAAACUCAUGUGUGGGGUUGUCGUUGGACUUGACAGUACAUCAGAUUGCUGCAUAGGUGUGAUUUGCAGCAUGACACGUGAUGGGAAGUGUUUCUCCUUGGAGCCAUAUCCUCGUUCUGCCAAGAGUGUCUCAGAGACCAAAGAGUCCACAUCACACCUGAGAUGUAUGCCAAGUUCUUCCAUGCCCAUGGCUAUGACUGGGCAGUACAGCUGCACCUUCCAGAGCCCGCUUGCUGACAGAGCAUAUGAGAACAGUGGCGAUGGCACCCCAAAUGAGUGCUUUGAGGAUCGCAGCUCCACGAUCCAGUUAGUUACUGCAAGAUUCAUUGUCUGCAUCCAUUGGUACUCAAUGUUUGCCCCGAGCAUUUUGACAAGGGUUUUUGCAGCAUCUCUGCACUUUGAACCAGUAAGCUGGGCUCUCAGUGAAUCCAAGCAUCCAGGACGGAGAUCAUGAGGAGCCUCGUAGAUGCAAACCAGGAAGGCAAGGGAGAAGAAAACUAUGUUGAACACGUCCUUGAAGUUACCAUGACGCUGUGCCCCAGGAAACCAAAAGGAUGAUUUCUUGUCAGGUCCAUACCUCAGCACUGAGUUGACAAUGUUGACGAACACCUGUAUCAUAUCUUGUUCGUCUAGAGUUUGCUGUGUCUUUGUUUUCAGGUGGACUGGCUUUGACGUCCACAGAGAAAUCGACACACGGUAGUUUGCAAAGAUGGAGAAGGUGACAUAGGAAGGCUGGGGGUGGGAGGGGCUUUCACAACCGAGAGGUUCAUGGAUGGCUGUGAUGAUGCAGAUGCCGAUGGUAUGGUGCAAAUACAAAGGGACAUGGCGGUGGUGCGCCAUUGGGAGAAUGGAGGUAGGUUGGUGAUCCAACCCCAUCCAUCGGGAGCAAAGUUGUAUGCCAUUGUUUUGGUGUUGGAAACUCAAGCUGGUGGUUUGAUGAGGAGAAUAGGUAGGUUUUAUAGAGGAUGAAGGCAAUUGUUCCGUGGGUAAAAUUUUUGUUGUCCAUGAUUGAGUCCAGUAAGGCCUGGCAAAGUUUGGGGUAAAGCAGAUUCUCGGUUAGAAAACUGGUAUCUGGUUUGAAGAAUUUCUGUUGUCAAUUGGACCUUGAGGAA